GAGCAGGUCAGCCCCCACCAGCACUCAGAAAGACCUGCCCAUUCAUUCCACUCAGCUGCACUGAGCCAAAGUGUUCACUCUUAUCCUGCCUGCCUGUGACGAUGGCUGUCAGCAAAUGCAUCAAGUACUCCUUGUUCUUCUUUAAUUUACUCUUCUGGAUUAGUGGAUGCAUCAUCCUAGGUGUCUCCAUCUAUCUCAAAGUGUCCAAGGAUAACAACAAGAUCACUGAUGUGGCUGUUCCGGGCAUCGAUCUGCUGAUCGCCAUCGGCGUGAUUAUCAUGGUGCUGGGCUUUCUGGGAUGCUGUGGAGCCAUCAAAGAGAACAAGUGCAUGCUGCUGCUGUUUUUUAUCGGGCUGCUCCUCAUCUUCAUUCUCCUGCUGGCUGCUGGCAUCCUAGGGGCAGUGGGUGAAGAGAAGUCUAAGCAGUGGGUCCGCGAAAAGCUGCAGAAAUUGUUGCCCUUGUCCAGCCAGCCGGCGGAUGUGCAGACAGAUCUCCAGGCUCUGGAGGAGAAGGCCAAAUGCUGUGGCCUGAUCAACGGUGCCCAAGACUGGGGGUCAAGCAUCCCAUCCUCCUGCAGCUGCACGGACACCUCUGCAUCAUGUGAGAUGGUCGGUGGGAAAAACGUCUAUAAAACCCCCUGCAUCCAGUUUGUGACAGACUUCAUGCAGCAGCACCUCACAGUGGCCCUGGGAAUCGCUUUUGCUAUUGCAGUUGUAAUGCUCUUUGGCAUGGCCUUUGCCAUGACCUUGUACUGCCAGAUUGGAAAGGUGGAGUCCAGCACCGCCUGAGCUGCUUUCCCCAUCAGGGCGGCUUUGCGGAAGCCCAACAGUAUAAGAACACGUUUGUCUAAUGAAGGUGAUCUAGACCUGCUGAUGUCCUCGUUGUGUAACUGUACUGUAUAUUUACCUGGAUGUAAUUUGUGUCUGUCCAUAAACCUCUUGGCAAACCCAGGUCCAGGUUUUGAGAGGUGUGAUGAAUAUGAUUGAUUGCCAAAUGUAUGUCUGUGAUUCUAGUGUCUUUGCGUACGCUGGUGAUCCAGGAACACUGUCGCUCUGCUCUGUGACUUUGUAACCCUGGGCUGUGUUGUUGUUGGUUUUUUUUUUUUUUUUUUUUUUUUUUUUUUU